CGGCAACACAUCGGUUAGCGUUUCUGUCACAUUCAUCUCUCUCGUUUCGAAGCACCCGAGUCAAAGUUGUGUUGUUGAUCGCGUCUCGAAUUUAUCCUCGGCGUUGUUCGUGCCACGUGAACGCGAAGCGCACGCUUUUCGCGUGUUUAAAACCGUCCAACCGUGUCGAACAACGAAUUCCUACGUGUUUUUAACCGCGAGCUUUUCAAACAGUGCACAUUAUGCGCUGUGGUAACGCGAGUGGAGCGGAGUGUUUUGACACGAGCCUUGUGAGGUGAUUUUCUGUGAAACCUCCUGUUCGAUGAAUGAAGAAGAUAUCGUUGUCCAACGAGAAUAACGCGGGAGGAUUGAUCAUCGAGAAUUCUGCGCAUAAAGUGAAGAGAAAAAGGUGAAAAGGAAAGGCCAGUGAUCUUCGACGAGUUUGAAAGUUGAAGUGCGAGAUUUCGUUACGUGGGUGAGAACGCGCUUGCGUGUAGAACUGUGUAUAUGUGUGUAAUGGUGGAGAAAGUUGCACGCGCACGAUGCAGCUGAUGACCUUGAACUCCCUGCUGAUGUUCGACCUCGUGUUCCUGUUUUUCCUGUUCCUCGUCGGGGUCUCCUGCCUCGUAUACUAUCUGCCCGGCACUCGAGCCCAUGAUUUCGCGCCGCAUGAAGUCAUUACUUCAAGAACACCACCGCGUUACGACGCGCCUAUCGACAAUGUUUAAGGAUGCAAACCGACCUGAGUGGAGGACCUGGUCUCGCUGUGGUAGCGGGGGAUGUGCUUGCUUUGCGAGGAACAGGACUUGCCGCUGCCGAAACAUGGGCUCUCCUAUGCCAGGCUGCCCAGGCCCUCCAGGAUCUGUUCUUGUCAAACGGCGGCGUGGUGGGUGGUUCGAGAGCCGGACCAGUGGUAACACCUCACACCUUGGAGUUAACACCACGUGGCAGGGUUUUAUUGCAACUUGCACCACCCGAAACAGCGAGGGCAUAUCUUCCACCGGAAUAUCGACCGGGUCGUGUAUAUUCCGACACUGAUUCUGAAAAGAUGUGGAUGUAUUCGCUGGGAAGGGCAUUAUUGGACACGACCCCGAGAGUCGCAGCAUUGACAGGAACGGUUUCCGUUUCACCCUCGUCUGCGCUUCAAUCCGUUUUAGCAGCCAUGACGGAACCCGAUCCUCGAAGACGAGCUUCCUUGAUGAAUCUCCUAGACGUGAUAUCCGAGUAUUGCCGUACGCGUCUUCAAUCAAAGCCCUUCACUCACAUAGUGAUGGACAUGUAUCGGGAAGUAAUGAAAUCCCCUCAGUACGCCGCUCGAAAACGCUUAGCAUACCAGCAUCUAAAUCCACCAACACCGUUGCGCAAUCCCUUAGAAAUGACGGAGCACAAUCUUCGCCAGGGUAAUUACUCCCAUCACCAUCAGCAACAUCCGCAGCAACUGGAUCCCCUUCACAAUGGCCAGGCGAAAAGUGUUCAUCAGUAUCAGUAUCAAGAUCGGUCCUAUCAUAUGACCAAUCAGUACAAUGCUCUUCGACAGACCCAGCAAUGUCCACCUACACAGUUUCACCCGCACCAGCAUCAUCAACGCCUUCAGGAGCCUCUUCAAGUAGCUCAGCCGACCAAAGUGCAUCAUUACCACCAUCACCAUCCGGCGAAGGGCGCGCUGUUCAAGCUACAGUCGAGAAAUUCGCAUUCCCAUCCAAAUUUGCCGAGUCUGUGCGGCCAGCAGCCGCAAAAUCGGCGGCAAGAAGGAAAUUUCGAAGAUCGUAGGACACAGUUUCAAUCGCAAUUGAACGUUCAAGCGAAUGGACGAAGCGUUGGUCCGGCGAUACAGCAUCAACGACGCCAUCAUUCGAGGACCUACUCCCAGCCGAUUUAUACCAGGUUACAACACACCAGGAGCAGUGGCAAUUUACCCUCUACCAUCGGUGAAAAUAAUUCUGGAGGGAAUGUUUAUAGCGAUCCUAUUUACGCGUUGCCUGUGAAGCCGUUCCUCAGCUCCCAAGAUGUCAGGGUGAAUGGACUAUCCGUGAAGCCACCUGGGGGUCAUCGUAACGAGGACGUUUAUGCUGUCACGACGAUAGCAAGGCGACCGUCAGCAGCCGGUUAUUCCCAUCCGGACAUAGCAACGUCGUCCGCAGAACGUGGACGAGACGAGGUUUACGGGCGAUCAACGAACGUCACGUUACAGAGGCAACACUCAAAUCCCCAGCUGCCCAGUAGGAAUCAACAAGAGAAUGAUUUUAAGCUCCACUCGGAGCAGAAUGUUGCGACGGCCGAUCACAGGUGUCCGAGAGGGAAAGAGGAGCAAUUAAUUCAACAACAAAAUCCAGUGUCUUCCAUACGAGCGAGAAGUGUUCAAGGGCCACCAAAGCCACCCCGGAUAAUUACCACCCUGAAGAAGGCUCCCUUCUCUGAUGCGGAGAGCAGUAAGUCGGAACCUCCUGCAAAACCACCUAGGAAUCUGGUGAAGAAUGGACCAAGGGCUCGACGUGGUAAAGCAGUACAAAGAGCACCGUCCCGCCUAUACAGAACAGUGGGUGGACCCAUGAGGUCUUUCAACAAAGCCCAAUGCAUUGGUCCUGAAUUCGUGGUACGGGCCAAUCAACCACCCAAAACCCUAUGUGUUGGCCAAGCAAAGACUGGCAAUUCUGGACGAAUCGUUGUAAUAAUGUUGACUGGUCAACGAGUGGAAGUGACAUGCGAUCCUCAGAAAGUCACAGCCGGUGAUUUAUUUCAGGCCAUCGUACAAGCUGAAAGUCUCGAUGAAAACUUCACCCUUGGCCUGGCUGUGUUAUUAGCGGGUGAUUUCGCGAUUUUACCCCCUGACACUAAAUUGAAUAAAGUCGCGCCACCAGGAUGGUUGAGCAGCGGCAAAAGCAAAGGUCUUCUGGGUCUUCCAACUAGUUUCAUGCUGUAUCUGAGGCUGAGGUUCUUUCUACCUUCUCUUCGUGGUAUAAGAAGUUGGAUAUCGAAACACCUACUGUAUCUGCAAAUACGUCGAUGUAUAUUGGAGCAACAGCUGGUAUGCCCGUAUCACGAGUUAAUUAAUCUAACCGGACUCGCUCUGCAGGCUGAAUUCGGGAAUUAUAACGCGAACGAACACGGUUGCGGUGAUUACUUCCUGCUCGAGCACUAUAUCCCAGAAUCCCUGAUUUUAAACAUGGACCAGCCUCAGUCGCAAAUCAACACCGGAGGAGCGGAGGCUCUUCGAGCGCGACUCCACCAGGCCCAUCGCGACAGACGUGGUUUGGACUCGAACAAAGCUGAAGAGAUGUUCGUAACUCACGCACAAACAUUGCCGGAUUACGGGUCUCAUUAUUACAUAGCAACCGUGGACUCGAAGGAAUUGGAGAAAGUGAUGGCCCAACAGAGGAGAAGAAAGAGCAAUGACAAUCGCGACCUGUCUGACGGUCCAGAGAAUAUUUAUUCUCAGAAUAAACAAGAAUAUCCGCUACGUGGUAGAGUCGAGAUAACUCGAUUAGGUUCCUGUGAGAAUAUCCCAAAGAUUUCGUACGAGGAGAAGAAACUGGGUGGUUUGAUGAAGAGUGCGACCUCGGCGGAUAUAUACUCGGCUCAGAAGUCGUCCAAGCGUCGUAUGGAAUCGUGCAACAAUAAUAACGUUAACAAUGUUAAUAACAAUAACAGCUUGAAUCACGGAAAGAAUGGUAAAAGUGGAAAGAAGAAGACUGAAAGUAACGUCUGGCUGGCUAUACACGCGCAAGGGUUGAAAUUGUUUGAGAGAGGUGGCGAACCGAGGGAAAGAAUUGAACUGGCACAGUUUCAGUGGAAGGAUAUUCAGACGUUGAGUUAUAGCAAGAGUUGUUUGGUUGUUUAUAGUAAAGUGAACGGGAAACGGUGCAAGUUCAAGCUCAGGAUGGAUCAUCGAAAAAGUUACUUCGCUUUCAAGCUCACCUCUUUGCAUCACCAGUUCUUUUUAAGGCUGCGUUCGGAGCUUACUUCGCUUCAGGGACUCGCGAAAGAAUUUGGAGUCCCCACAACGAUGGAAGCGAAACAAUCGCCAUCCAAGACGAAAUCCCACGACAGUAAAACGAAAAUAGCCAUAGCGAACACGGUAAAGAACGUGCAGUUGAGGCCAAGUUACGCGAUGCAACUGGAAGAGUAUCAGAACAAAGAAAACGAAAAUCCUCAGAAAGAUACAAACGCGAUCCCAAAGUCGAAGGAUGUCGUACACGAGCCCGGUGUCUACUUAUCCGAAGAGGACGCGCUUUACGCGCAAGUGAACGUUCGACUGGAACCGGAAGGCGAGUCACGUGAUACGGAAGACGAAUCCGAGAGAAGUUUAACGACAUCCAACGAACCGCUUUCGUUGGAUGGACAAGGGAUAAAGAACGAUGGUAAACUUUACAAUUGUCCACGAAUAGAAUUGGACACUGAGACGGAGUGCGGUUAUUCGCUUCCAAAAAUCAUGUCCACCAAUGAUAUGGACCAACUGGAUAAACCGGAAAAUCCUGAAGAAUUGUACGCAGCGAUCAACAAGGUCGGGAUCUCGAGGAAGAAUAAGUUUCCGGUCCCGGAGGAGGUUUGGGAUGUAUCGGAUGUGAAGAAAUCAUUGCACAAGGUGAAGACCUCUAGUUUACCAAAUUAUGGCACACCCAGGCAAAUAGGGGGUUACCGUACACCGAGCUUACCACGUCGUCUAGGGGUGAAGAUGGGAACACGAGCGAUUUACAGUAGCCUCGUGCAAAAAGACACCGCCCUUACCGACGACAUGGAAUCUCUGUCGCUAAAGUCAGACACAGAAUCAUCGAUUCAGUCGUUGUCUGCAAGGUCCACGGAAUCUCCUCCACCGGAAGCAUACGUGCUCAACGCAGAUAUCCGAACAGACGACGAGACGUUCCACGUUACCGAAGACGAAUCAAUGUCUGCUUCUUUAGCGGCACGUCUCGAAGAAUUAUCUUUCGCCGAGGAACGAAUUCUGCAGACUAUUAAAUUGGAAAGAGGUCAUGGCGGUAGUAUAGGAUUGCAAGUGACGGAAGGUAACGAUGGUGGCGUUUAUGUCCAAGCGGUAUCGGUCGGAGGAUCGGCCGAUAUGGCCGGAAACGUGAAUAAAGGCGAUCGUAUCGUGGCGAUAAACGGGCAGAAUUUAUUGCACCUGCGAUAUGAGGAUGCUCUGAAGAUGCUGCAAAGCACUUCUGACACGAUCGAACUUGUCCUUUCGCAAUCUACUUCCCGUAAAAAAGUCACCUCCAGGCAGAAUCAUCAGCAACCCGCGGAUAAUAAUUAUUUGAAUGACAUCAGAUUCGACAUGUCCUCGGAAGCGGAUACGUCGAGUAUGACGAACAAAUGGCUGGUACAAAGGACUACCGAUGUUGCAUCAGUGCAAAACACCUCGAGUGCAUACAGCAGUGCUGCAUCGAGUGCAAUGGGUAAUCACAACGCAAACAACCUGUACAUGGGCGAUCUCGUCGAUAAUGGCGCUCUCAAGUCCGCCAGUAUGUUGCUUAGUAUAGAAGACUUCGACGUCAGCAGGACGAGUCGCCAAGUUUUUAUUUAAUCGACGAUAUACAAACGCAGAGUCGACGAGCGCACCGCCGCCGGUCCCGCCUAGACGCAAGAAGCGGAAACCGAAGCCCGCGGCGAUCGCUAGAUCUCCUG